AUGAAGACAAUAAUCCUUGCCUUAGCACUCAUUGUGUUAGCCUCAUCAACAUAAGCUGAUGUCAUUGCUACAAUCAAGAAGAUUGAUCAAUCACCAUUCGGAAGAACAUUGUUCGAUACCAUCUGGCUCGAACUCUAAACAGGAGAUCCAUUAGACAGAUUACUCUAAACCUUGACCGAUUUGGAAGACAGAUAUGUUGCUGAAUAAAAGGAAGACGAUGCCAGAAACCACGAAUACUAAGAUGCAUGCACAGUCGACAUCAAAGCUUUCGAUAAGGAUUUGGCUGAAUCCAACAGAAAGAAGAUUGAAUUAGAAGCUAGAUUAGAAGGAUAAUUAUAUCCAUAAAGAGGAAUCUUAUAAGGAUUAGUUGCCUAAAAAUAAGCUGAAGUCAAGGGAUACUAAAAGGAUUUGGAUGAGCUUGAUGCUUAAAGAGCUGAAGAAAAAGCCGAUUUCGAAGAGAAAGUCUUGGAACACUAAGAAGCCACAGCCAUCAUCGCUGAAGCCAGAAGACUCUUCGCUGAUAACAUCGAACACGAAUCCUUCAUCCAAAAAGGAAAAGCCACAAAAUAACCAGCUCACAAAUUCACCAAGGAAGUUGCUAGCAUGAUCUAAAAGCAUUUCACCACAUCUGCUAAGAAGGCUGCCAAAUUCUAACACAGAAAGGGAUACAGCAAAUUAUUCAAAGCUUUCGCCACCAUCGCCUCAAAGGUUGAAUAAUUAGCUGAUGCCGGAGCCGUCUCAAAGAUCAUCGAUUUAGCUGAUGAAUUGUUGGCCAAGAUCGCUGACUCAUUGUCCUUAUUGAGAUUCGCUGAAGACAAGAGAGUUGAAGCCUACAAGAAAUCCAGAAACUUCAUCGUCAUCUCCCUCACUGUUGCCGGAACUGCACUUGCUAACGCUCAAUCAGAUUUGGCUGCUUUGAAUGAUGUCAUUGCUUAAGUUGAAGCUUCCCUCGACACCACCAACUAAAGAAUUGAAAACGUCAGUGCUGACAGAAACGAUAGAUUCACCUAAUGUGAAGAAGCCGUCUAAGAUUACUAAGACGCCAGAUCUGCAAGAUCCUCUGACAGAGAUGUAGUUUCAUAAACCAUCGGAUUAGUCAACAAGGAAUUAAGAACCUUAAGAGAAUAAUUAGCUUUAAGAUAAUCAGCUGGAGAAGAAAUCUGAUAAUGAUUCAUAUCAAUCAAAUAUUCUAAACCAACACCUAAAUUAU